AUGGAUAUCGACACAGACAUUUUAAUCUCUGCUGUGGAAUGCAGACCCAUCUUAUGGGAUAAAUCCCAAGAAAUGUAUAGGGAUAGGAAUGGAACAAAAAACGCUUGGGAAGAAGUGUGUGUUGAACUAAAAUCUAAUUUCAACAGCUUACAAAAUAGUGAAAAAAACGAAUUUGGUAAAGAAGUAAUUAGAAGAUGGACUAAUGUACGGGAUGCCUUUGCAAAGUCUUGCAAAAAAGAAAAAGAAAAUAAAAAAUCCGGUUCUGGUGCAUUCAAACACAAAAAAUACGUUUACAAUGAUCAACUGUUGUUUUUAAAAAAAUUAUAUAUAGAACGAGAUGUAGUUGAAAACUUCGAGAACGAUAACAAUGAUACCCUGAAUUCUAAUAUUGAUAUUGAUACUGAUAUUAACAAAUAG